UCCUUUUUUUGAAGAAUAAUUUCCGUCCUGAACCCCUUUAAAUACCCUCAUUCACCCAUUCUCUCUCUCUCUCUCUCUCUCUCUCUCUCUCUCUCCUCUUGGCUGUUGCUAUCCGGAGAGUCAUCGAUCGUUGAUCGUCGAUAAUCGUUCAUUGUUCAUCUCUAGUUGUUGAUCGAUCAUCAUGAAGCAGCUUAUGAGGCGGUUGACGCGGGUGGCGGACUCCAAAACGCAGUACAGGCUGCUGCGGUCGGAGCGGGUGGCGGCGGUGCCGCAGGGACACCUGCCGGUGUACGUGGGAGAGGAGAUGGAGCGGUUCGUGGUGAGUGCGGAGGUGCUGAACCACCCCAUCGUGGUGAAGCUCCUGAACAAAUCGGCCCAGGAGUACGGGUACGAGCAGAAGGGCGCGCUUCGGAUCCCCUGUCACGUCCUCCUCUUCGAGCGAGUUCUUGAAGCCCUCCGCCUCGGGUCUGACUCCCCCGAACUCCACGAUCUUCUCGAUGAUCAUCAGUUCCACUAGGAUCGAAAAUCGAUCUGUUUGGAGUUUUUUCUUUUAAGCAUAAAACCCUAGAUCUCUUUGACUAUAGAAUCAGAUCGGUCGGAUCUCUCUCUAAUUUAGGUCCUCUUAAUGUAUAUGCUUGCUUUGUGGAAAUUUAAGUGCGAAGGUGAGGGAAGAUUGAUUAGGGUUUUUUGAAGGAGCAAGUUUUUUUUUAUUGUUCCGUGCACUUUUGUAAAGAGAUUGAGGAGUAUUAAUUCUCGUCUAUCUCUCUGUCUUGUUUGUCACUGAUUAAACAAAUGAUCGCUCCUCUUUCUCUUUCA